GUAAAAAUCCCUCGAGUUCCAACAGAAACUGACCAAGGAUCCUCACUAUAAAAUCCACUUAGAACAACACACGUAUUCCGCUAAAACCAUCGAUCCCGUAAGGUUUCCCUCCUUUCCUCUUUGUUGCUCCUAAACCCUUGAAAAGCAAUGGACCCACUUUCCGCCCUCCGCGACUUCACAAUCCGGGGCGAGCUCGACAAAAUCAUCCGAGUCAACGACGAGUUCCGCUUUGGCACCGACUAUUCCUUCCCAUGUUCCGUCGAAACCGCCUAUCGUUCGAAACCAGGCAACCUCUACACUCUCGAAACCUUGGUUUUUUACAUCCAAAACCACCAUCUUAAGCACACGGAUUACAUGCACAACUCUCUCUCACUCCGCAUCCCCGCCGUCACUUUCACCGACCGUAAGCCCCUCCUCGAUUACCUUACCGGAAAAGUCUCCAACUCCGAUUCCAUUGUUUGGAACCCACCGAAGUUCCCUGACGAGUUUCGACCCGCCCCGUCUGGGUUCGACCCGGAUAGCAGUAAACCUAAAGGUAAUACCAAUGAUGUUGUUUUGGAUGAAAUCGGAGAUACUCAUUUUGAUAUUAAAGAUAAAGAGAUUGAAUAUGCGGAUUAUAUGGGAAUAAUUCAAUCAAUUGAGAGGCCUUUGAAGGAUAGAGAAGGGAUUCUGGAAUGUAAAAAUAGGGAUUUUUAUAGUGUUCUUGUUGCAUCUACGAAAAGGGAAGAAGAAAAGCAGAGACUUGAGUCUCAGCAGAGGAAAGAUGGGUUAGUUGCUAAGAGUAGAUUAAUGGGGGCAGAAGAGAGGGGAUUGGGGUUAAGUUAUGGGGAAGAAACUAUGGGAUAUGAUUCAAAGCCGAAAAUGCAUUUAAAAGGGAGCAAACUUGGGGAAGGAGUGCCUAUUAUUUUAGUGCCUAGUGCAUUUCAGACUUUGAUUACUAUUUAUAAUGUGAAGGAGUUUUUGGAAGAUGGUGUUUUUGUGCCUACUGAUGUAAAGGUGAAGCAGAUGAAAGGGGCGAGGCCGGAGUGUGUUACUGUGCAGAAGAAGUUUAGUAGGGACAGAGAUAGGGUAGUAACAGCGUAUGAAGUGAGGGAUAAGCCCUCUGCUUUGAAGCCGGAAGAUUGGGAUCGUGUGGUGGCAGUAUUUGUGUUGGGGAAAGAGUGGCAGUUCAAGGAUUGGCCUUUCAAGGAUCAUGUGGAGAUUUUUAAUAAGAUUAUUGGAUUUUUUAUGCGAUUUGAGGAUGACAGUGUAGAGUCUGCGAAGAUUGUGAAGCAAUGGAAUGUGAAGAUUAUUUCGAUUAGCAAGAACAAGAGACACCAAGAUAGGGCUGCAGCUCUGGAGGUCUGGGACAGACUUGAAGAAUUUGUGCGGGGAAGAUCACAUUCGUAAACUGUGCAGCUUUUAGAAAAUAUUUCUAUGUAUGUGUUUGAUGUUCAUCAGCUAUGACCUUCUUUGAUGUAGCUUUGAAUUUUGUUGAAGUAUUUAAGAAUAUUGAUCACCUUGUUAUGACAAUUGGCGAUCUUAUUAUAUUUUUCUUAUCAGGGGUGCAUUGCCAAUUAAGUUCAGUGUAAGGCGGUGGCUUUAACAUUAUAAUUUGUUUUUAAUUGAUGACGUGUACAGAUAGAACAGGAUGUCCCUUGACGUUUUUGUUUAUGAUAAAUAUAAAUCGUGGAACAAAA